UAUAUAGAGAUUCUACAAAACUUUGUGUUUUCUUGUUUCAUCCUUUAUUCAUAUACCUUACAUAACAUUUUCAUACUAAGUGAUUUGACUCGCACGCAAUUUCCGAUCAUUAACAACUUUGACCAAAUUAAACUUCAUCGCUAUGGCGAAUUAUUAUAUGUGUUAAUUAAAGAUUGUAAUGUGAAUAGAAGAAUGUUUUACAUACUAUUAUUGAUUAUUGAUACAAUUAUAUUUCAUACCAUUAUUGUUACAACUAUUUGUUUUAAUAUAACGUGAAUACAUUUUUUCUUACAAUGAAUAUUGUAUAAUAUGUCUCUAGAGAAAAUAGACGUAUAUCUAUAAAUUGUAUAUAGCAAUCGUGCAACCUCCAUUAACUAAGCCGUACUAAUAGCUCAAUGUACACCAAAUAACCCUUCUCUCCCGAGUGGUCAUAGGCUUCUUAGUUCGCUUCGAAACGAUCUCCAAGACUAUAUAUUAAAAUAACCGUUUUCUAAUUCACAUAUCUUAUUAUUUAAACAUAUCAAAGAUUCAAAACCCUUAAACCUGUCUCCCCCAAGAAGCAACAGUGAGUGCACCCUUACGAGGCAAUUGCUCCCUACGUACCUCCUCCACUCUACAGCCUACACGUGUAACACCCUCUCCACAUGCACAAACUCACACACAUUCAUGGAUCGUAUAUAAUACAUUCUUAUUGUGAGAGAGAGCAGAGAAGAGAGAGAGAUAUGGAGAGAACAGAAGCCUUGACGUCAUCGUUUAUAUGGCGGCCAAAUGCAAACGCAAACGCAGAGAUAACGCCAAGCUGUCCAAGAUGUGGAUCAUCCAACACAAAGUUCUGUUAUUACAACAACUACAGCCUCACUCAACCUCGCUACUUCUGCAAAGGCUGCCGUAGAUAUUGGACCAAAGGCGGCUCCCUCCGCAACGUGCCUGUAGGUGGUGGCUGCCGCAAAUCCCGCCGUACCAAAUCCUCCUCGAGUAACGCUAAAACCGGCGUAACCGCUAGUUCAUGCAACUCCGGUGGUGGCUCACCAAACAUAGAUCUUGCUCUUGUUUACGCCAACUUCUUGAAUCCAAAGCCUGACGAACCCACACUUCGAGAAACAUGCGAUUUAGCCACAGGCGCUUCGAUGGAACCCUCUAAUUGGAGUAUCGACAUCGGUGAUGAUCAUCACCACCAUCAUUAUGAUCAUCAGGUGGAACACAUUAUUGAGGAAUGUGGUUAUAAUGGGUUGCCUCCGUUUCCUGGUGAAGAGCUUCUUUCUAUUGACACUAAUAGUGUUUGGUCUGAUGCUUUAUUGAUUGGUCAUAAUAACCAUAUAGAAGUUGGUGGUGUAACUUCGGCUGAGACUGUUCAUGAACCGGUGGUUAACUUUGCUGAUGAAUCCAAUGACUCUACCAACUUCUUGUUCGGAAGCUGGAGCCCUUUUGAUUUCUCAACCGAUGGAUAAUGAUCCAUAUUUGCAUUAAAAAAAAAGAGUUUGUAUUAUACCUAUCAUAUAUAUAACAUAUACACAUUUAUAUGAAGAUCUUAUGGUUCAUUUCAUGUAAAUUAAGAGAGUCGAUUAUUUAAGUACAAAUUUAAGGGGUAAUAUGUAUACAUAGGCUACAAUUUUAUUAUUUUGGUAGUGAUUCUCGACCUAAAUAUGAUGCUAUAAUAAGUCGUUUUCAAGAUUUGCCCAAGAAUACCACGUGGAGGUCCUUGUCUUUGGAUUCGAUUGAGAUUUGCUUGUUACUUGAACUUGCAAUUCACUGAAAGUGAGACGCACGUGUACCAUGGGGACACGUGUGAGAGUUGUUAUGUCUCUGGCCUUUCUGUGUGCGUGUAUAGAUCUUCUCUAAAAGUUGUGUCAGAGAAAGAGCAUAUUUGUUGCUACUUUUCCUUUUAACUUCUUCCUACAAUUAAUCAGUUGAUUUUUCAUUGCCAAAGAUAAUAUUAUUGUUCGGUUUUAAGCAAGUACCAUCGAUUGGAAAAAUAUGAAUAAAGUAAUUUUCUAUAUUGUCUACCUCACAUACAUAUAGAAAAAAAUAUGUAACUGAUUGCAUAUUUUUUAGAUGUAUAUCAUUACAUUGAUAAUGAUUAAGUUACAAAAAAAAAAGAUAAUGAAGAAAAAACACGAAUCCAACUCGUUAGUCUUGACUAGUCAAACAAUCUUAUUAACCAUGUAAUAGUCUACAUGUGGAAUCCAAUCCAAUUCUAUAUGGAAUUUAAUAUUUACAGCUCUAAACAUGCAAACUCAUAUGAGUACGUAGGACUAACAAAUCCUGAUAGUCCAAUUUAUAUUCAUAACUGUUAAGAGGCUAAGAGGUAGAGAACAAUUUCUCUCAUCAAGAACAAAGAAAUAAUCUCGCCACCAUAACAAAUAAUCAGUAGCACUUUAAGGUGAUGUUUUCGGUCUCUUAGUAUAAUUUUUUUGUAAAUUUAAUUAUGUAAUAUUUCUAAAAUUUCUAUACAUAAAUAUUCAUAGUAGUGAACUUAAAACAUAUAAUUAGAUUGUUUUUUAUGCAACAGAUUGUUCUCAAUUGAUGAAGAUGGUUCGGAACCAGAUGAAUGACCAGCUUUUGUAAAUUACUUGGAGGAUGUCAAAACCCUAAAAGAGAGCUUCACCAGAUCAUAGAUCAUCUAUGUACCAAGGACGCAAAAUACAAAGGCGAAUAGACUAGUACGCAGUGCUAGAAAGCAACCGUCUUUUGUCGUUCACAAGGAUGUAGAUCACACGGUUUAGUUUAGAGAGUCAGUAUGAGUCUGUAAUAGUUGACGACAAAAAAAAAGAUUGUUUUUUAUGCAAAAGGUAUAUAUAACUAUAAUUGGAUUGUUAAAAGAGAAAAAAAUAAAUAUAGAGAAAAUGGUGAAAUAGAAUAGAGGAAAUUCUGCGGGAGGUGGAGGCUUCCUUAGCUUCGCCGCCGCCGGUUCUAGUUCCCGGAAAGGGGAGGCUUUCUUUGCUCCGUUUUUGCCGGUUUUGGCUCCGGAGGGUAGGGGCUCACAUAGCUCUACGCUGUCGGUUUAGGUCCCCGUUCUCUUUUGGGGUUUUUUUCUUGGUCUUGUUUUGUUUGGAUUGGGUGAAAUUUGCGGUGUGGUUCUUGUCGUUAGGAUGGUUGUUCGGAUUUGAAGGGAUGAGCUAUCGGUAGCCGAUGAAGCUCUCCAUCGAUGGAGACGACGACAGGAGAAGGAAAGCAGUGUGUUUGAGACUCGGGCUUGAUAUGCCCAGUAGGCGAGUUGUGAUUGGGAUGAUAUCGCGGUUAGUCCGCUGAUGCUCUCCGUGACAAGCGCGACGGAUGAGAGCCGUUCGACGGUAACCGCCGGGAUGAGAUGAGGCGUGAUUAGGUUAAGCCGACAAGAGUUCCUAGGUUAGGGCAGUGUCGGGGUUUGGGUUUAUGGGCCUGUGGGCCGGUUUCUCUAGGGUUUGGCAGGUUGUGGUAAUUGGGCCGUGAGCCUUUUAUCUUGUAAUUUUCUUGGGCUGAGCCCUUUCUAUUUUAAUGAAAUAUUGACGGAAAAAAAAAAAAAGAAUAGAGGAAAUUCUGCAACUUGUGUUCAGAGGCAAAUAAGUUAACGUGGGAAGUUGUUUAAUGUCGAGUUUCGUGCGUCACGCACGUUCCCGUAUAUCUCCACUUGAUCCAAGGAAACAGUGAUUAAGUUUUGUUACUAUAGAAAACAGUUAUACAUUUAUAUUAAUAUUAAACAAAACGAUGUAAUCAAAUAUCUUGUCAAGUCAUUUUGUUUAAACUUCAAUAUUUUAAGAGUUAUUUUUGGGUUUACCCCCUAGAUGAACCUGGAGAUUCACCAACUAAUAGAAAAUCGUUAUUUUAUAUUCAAUAUCUUUUAAAAAAGAAAACAAAAUAUUAUCAAUUUAUAUCAUAAUUUUAAAUAAAUUAAAAAGUAAAAAUAAAUAAAAAUAAUACUAGAUGCAAAAAAAAAUAUGCUUUUAACGCCGUCAGCAAAAUAUUAAACA